CAUUAUUGAAGCUCAGCAAGCUCUCCUGUAACUAAUCAGGUAAAUUCAUGCAAUUACUGGUGGUGGUGUUACUAUAUCCGUAUGGUCUUUCAAGGCCUGUCUGUGUCUGCCUAUCGUGACUAUUUCUGUACGGUCUAUCGAGACCUGUCCGUGUCCGGCUAUCAUGGCUAUUUUUCUGUAUGGUCUAUCAAGGCCUGCCCCAUGUCUGCCUAUUGUGGCUAUCAGUGUCUGGCCUAUCGUGGCUAUUUCUGUACGGUCUAUCGAGACCUGUCCGCGUCCGGCUAUCAUGGCUAUUUUUCUGUACGGUCUAUCAAGGCCUGUCCCAUGUCUGCAUAUUGUGGCUUCUGUGUCUGGCCUAUCGUGGCUAUUUCUGUACGGUCUAUCGAGACCUGUCCGUGUCCGGCUAUCAUGGCUAUUUUCUGUAUGGUCUAUCAAGGCCUGUCCCAUGUCUGCCUAUUGUGGCUGUCUGUGUCUGCCUAUCGUGGCUAUUUCUGUACGGUCUAUCGAGGCCUAUCUGUGUCUGGCUAUAAUGGCUAUUUCUGUACGGCCUAUCGAGGCCUGUCUGUGUCUGCCUAUCGUGGCUGUCUGUGUCUGGCCUAUCGUGGCUAUUUCUGUACGGCCUAUCAAGGCCUGUCCGUGUCCGGCCAUCAUGGCUAUUUUUCUGUAUGGUCUAUUGAGGCCUGUCCUGUGUCUGCCUAUUGUGGCGAUUUCUGUACGGCCUAUUGAGGCCUGUCUGCGUCUGCCAUUGUGGCUGUCUGCGUCUGGCCUAUCGUGGCUAUUUAUGUACGGCCUAUCGAGGUCUGUCUGCGUCUGCCUAUCGUGGCUAAUCAUGGUCUAUCGAGGCCUGUCUUGCGUCUGCCUAUCGUGGCUGUCUGCGUCUGGCCUAUUGUGGCUAUUUAUGUACGGUCUAUCGAGGCCUGUCUGUGUUGGCUAUCAUGGCUAUUUCUGUACGGUCUAUCGAGGCCUGUCCGUGUCCGCCUAUCGUGGCUGUCUGCGUCUGGCCUAUUGUGGCUAUUUCCGUUGGUCUAUCGAGGCCUGUCCGUGUCUGGCUAUCAUGGCUAUUUUUCUGUAUGGUCUAUCAAGGCCUAUCUGUGUCUGGCCAUCAUGGCUAUUUCUGUACGGUCUAUCAAGGCCUGUCUGCGUCUGCCUACUGUGGCUGUCUGUGUCUGGCCUAUCGUGGCUAUUUAUGUAUGGUCUAUCGAGGCCUGUCUUUGUCUGGCUAUCAUGGCUAUUUUUCUGUACGGUCUAUCGAGGCUGUCUGUGUUCUGCCUAUCAUGGCUAUUCUGUAUGGUCUAUCGAGGCCUGUCUGCGUCUGCCUAUCGUGGCUGUCUGCGUCUGGCCUAUCGUGGCUAUUUCUGUUGGUCUAUUAAGGCCUGUCUGUGUCUGCCUAUCGUGGCUGUCUGCGUGAGGCCUAUCGUGGCUAUUUCUGUUGGUCUAUUAAGGCCUGUCUGUCUGCCUAUCGUGGCUGUCUGCGUGAGGCCUAUCGUGGCUAUUUAUGUACGGUCUAUUGGGGCCUGUCCGCGUCUGCCUAUUGUGGCUGUCUGCGUCUGGCCUAUCGUGGCUAUUUAUGUUCGGCCUAUCGAGGCCUGUCCGUGUCUGCCUAUCGUGGCUAUUUCUGUUGGUCUAUCGAGGCCUGUCUGUGUCUGCCUAUCGUGGCAUUUCUGUUGGUCUAUCGAGGCCUGUCUGUGUCUGCCUAUCGUGGCAUUUCUGUUGGUCUAUCGAGGCCUGUCUGUGUCUGCCUAUCGUGGCAUUUCUGUUGGUCUAUCGAGGCCUGUCUGUGUCUGCCUAUCGUGGCAUUUCUGUUGGUCUAUCGAGGCCUGUCUGUGUCUGCCAAUCGUGGCUGUUUCUGUUGGUCUAUUGAGGCCUGUCUUUGUCUGCCUAUCGUGGCUAUUUCUGUUGGUCUAACGAGGCCUGUCCGUGCCUGCCUAUCGUGGCUGUCUGUGUCCUGCCUAUCGUUGCUGUCUGUGUCUGGCCUAUUUCUGUAAAACUUAAGAAGUUUAAUCUAACGUCAUUAUACUGGUCAUGCUAACUCUCUUUCUAUUUCUUCCAGGAACCUUAGGAUUCACAACUGGUGGGUAUACUUCAUCUACUUUAUUUUGGGGGGAAGGCUGGCCCCGUCUGGAGGUCUCAUAAUCCACCUAAUUUUGGGGGUCUGCUGCGCCCCUGCCUUCGUCUUCAGGCAGGAAAUGCAGAUUCGCUACCCUCGGAUUACGAACCAUGGACGGGGCCUUCCGCCAAAGAAAUUUAUAAUUGUGCUCGCUGAGCUGUCAAUAAAUGUAUGCUUCGUACAUUCCUCUAUCUCCCGAGUCUUUCUGGUAGAAAUGGAAGCUUUAGCCUAAGUUCUGCCAGGAAGACUCAAUCACUUCGUCACUAAUUACCUUCAUCCUUAUCCAAUCACGUCUUUAUACUCCUGUAUAAAAGAUCGUACUUACACAUGUUUGAGUUCGCAGAUGCCAACGCGACAACAACCUCCACCCUCCCCACCACCACCAGGAUGGUCCUGUCCUUACCUUCCAGGGGGGGUCUGCUGCGCCCCUGCCUUCGUCUUCAGGCAGGAAAUGCAGAUUCGCUACCCUCGGAUUACGAACCAUGGACGGGGCCUUCCGCCAAAGAAAUUUAUAAUUGUGCUCGCUGAGCUGUCAAUAAAUGUAUGCUUCGUACA